AUGGUUCAAAUCGGUGGACAAGAAGUCGGCCCCAUUGGCUUCGGCCUCAUGGGCUUGACUUGGCGACCAAACCCAGUCUCGCAGGAGCAGGCGUUUGAGACGAUGCGCACUGCACUGCAGAAUGGAUGCAACCUCUGGAACGGCGGCGAGUUCUACGGUCCCCCAUCAUACAACACGCUCGUCCUGCUGGAGCGCUACUUCGAACGAUACCCCGAAGACGCAGACAAGGUCCUGCUAAACAUCAAAGGGGGCGUCAACCUAAAGACAAUGAAACCAGAAGGCGACGCAGAGGGCACGCGACGGACCGUGGAAGACAGCAUCGCACAAUUGAAAGGCCGCAAGAAGAUCGACCAGUUCGAGUUUGCGCGCCGCGACCAGAAGGUGCCGAUGGAGGUUACCUUUGGUGUGCUCAAUGAGUACGUCCAGGCAGGGAAGAUCGGAGGUGUUGCACUCUCGGAGGUCCGUGCAGAGACAAUCCAUGAGGCAGUUAAGCACACCAAAAUCGUUGCUGUGGAGGUCGAACUGUCCAUGUUCACCACUGACCCCUUGGAGAACGGCGUCGCCGCCGCAUGCGCGCAGUACGGCAUCCCCCUGGUCGCCUACUCCCCAAUCGGCCGAGGCCUGUUGACCGGCCAGAUCCGCAAAUUCGAGGAUAUCCCGCAGGACUCGAUGCUGCGCAACUACCCGCGCUUCCAGCGCGAGAACUUUGAGAUCAACAUGGAGCUCGUCCGGAAGGUGGAAGAGCUCGCUGCCAACAAGGCGUGCACCACGGCGCAGUUCGCUAUCAACUGGGUCCGCGCGUUGUCGAAUCGUCCCGGGAUGCCUACGAUUAUUCCGAUUCCUGGCGCGACGACGGCGGCGCGUGUCGAGGAGAAUAGUAAGGUUGUUGAGAUUACGGAGGAGGAUUUCGCGGCGGUUGAUGCGAUUCUCAAGAAGUUCCCCGUGGCUGGGGCUCGGUAUCCGGAGCACAUCCCCUUCAACACAUAG